AUGCAAUAUGACUUUGACCUGAGCUUCCGGAGGAAAGGGACGAACGGCUAUAUAAAGCGAGACUCCAAGCACAAUCUUGUCGUUGGAAUAUGUUUAGCACAAGCAAGUUACUUGUCACCUGGAAAUGGAAAUGUUUUUUCUCUUAAUGGAAAUGGAGUACGCACAAAUGGCCAUGGUGUUAAUGGCAAUGGCGUUUACAGAAAUGGGAAUGGUGCGUAUAAAAAUGGUAAUGGUAUAAAUGGGAAUGGCGUAUAUACAAAUGGCAAUGGCAGAAAUGGAAAUGGCGAUGGUGCAUUGUUUAAUGGAAAUGGAGGUUAUGGAAAUGGCAACGGUGUAUAUUCUAAUGGAAAUGGAGGCAUAAAUGGUAACAGUAAUGGAGUUUAUGGAAACGGGAAUGGGAGAGGCGCGUAUAUAAAGGGCAAUGGUAUAAAUGGGAAUGGAGUAUAUACAAAUGGUAAUGGUAGAUAUGGAAAUGGCAAUGGUGCAUUUUCUAAUGGAAAUGGGGCUUAUGGAAAUGGAAAUGGCAACGGUGCAUAUUCCAAUGGUAACGGUGCAUACACCAUUGGAAACGGUAAUGGGGCCUACGGAAAUGGCAAUGGGGUCACCGUGUACGCCAAUGGCAUUGUGGAUCCGUUCAGAGCUCUAGCUGAUGCCAUUGGCGGUGGAGGCGUCCCAGGUGUGGACUACCCCAUCCUGGCCUUCGUCCCCGACACCGGGUUCUCGUGCAACGGCCAACUUCCUGGAUAUUACGCUGAUACUUCUCUCGAGGCUGGCUGCCAGGUGUUCCAUAUCUGCCAGGCAGGAGGCAGAAUCGACUCGUUCCUUUGUCCCAACGGCACAGUCUUCAAUCAACAACACUUCGUGUGCGAUUGGUGGUACAACUUUGACUGUUCCACGGCUGAACAGUUUUACGGUUUGAAUGCUGAGAUUGGUAAUUCCAAUGGAAAUGGAUACACAAACGGCAAUGGUUAUAAUGGAUAUACCAACGGUAAUGGCAACGGCAAUGGUUACAACAACGGUCAUAGGAAUGGUAAUGGAUAUACCAACGGUAACGGAUAUACCAAUGGUAAUGGCAAUGGCAAUGGAUACACCAACGGUAAUAGCAACGGAAAUGGAUACAACAAUGGUAAUGGAAACGGAUACACCAACGGUAAUGGAUACACCAAUGGUAAUGGCUACGGCAACGGAUAUACCAACGAAAUGGACACAGCAAUGGGAAUGGAUAUACUAACGGCAAUGGUAAUGGGAACGGCUACACCAACGGCAAAGCCAAUGGAAAUGGUAGAGCGACCAAGACUUAUUGUUCUUAAGGCUCAUGGGGGGGGGCUUGAAUUUAUUCCUGUUGAAUGUGUACUGAAGAACAAAAAGUCCUAUGUCCACUGCAACUGCAUCACGGAUAACGAGAGUGGAGCCACGCUGAUGUAUUUGAAACUGGCUGACUGGUGCUUUUCGUGCUGUGGCGGAUUGCCUUUAUUUUACCAAGUGUAUGGUGUGAUGUCUUGUAUAUUGGUUAUGUUUGAACAAUUUGUGCGCGAUAAAGUAAAUGUGAUCUAA